AUGGCAUUUCAUGCAAAGGAAAAAAGUGGGCUGCCCACUUUAGAUUAUGCCAAACCACCCACACCAGACCAAGUCGAGCCUAUCAUCUUCCUUAGCCGUUCUUUGAGCAAAGCAGAAAAGAACUACUGGCCUACAGAAAUGGAAGUCGCGGGGAUAGUCUGGGCGCUUCGGAAGCUAAGACAUAUGGUUGAAGCGUCCCCAGAGACAGUCAUAUACACAGACCACAGCGCGACAGUCAAUAUUGCACAGAGCACCUCGCUAUCCACAUCUAAUGUGGAUCGGCUUAAUCUACGAUUGGUCCGAGCGUCCCAGUACUUCCACCAAUUCCGGAACCUGCGGUUUUUUCACAAGCCAGGGAAAACGCAUAUUGUCCCUGAUGCCCUUUCAAGGCUUCCAUCAUGGGCACGCGACGACGUUGAGGAUUCAAUUGACAUGCUUUACUCCUGGUUUGGAGACGAAGACCAUCGCCCCAACGAGGGUGAACCACAUGUCAUGACAAUCAAGUUGGCAGCGGAUUUUGAGCAGCGCAUCAGGGACGGCUAUCAGAAGGAAGGCCGAUGGACGUCAAUCAUCAAAAUUUUGAAGGACAAUGAGGGAAGCCCAUCUCCAGUGCGCUUACCAUUCAGGGUCCAAGAUAACCUGAUAUAUACGGUUCCUGAAGGUAAACUAUGCAUACCAGACGCGAUUCAUCAGGAAGUGCUCAAGAUUGCCCACGACGCAAGCGGCCAUGGCGGUGUGGAGCGCACUUUGCAUCACCUUAAUGGUGUUACCUUUUCGCGAGCGCGACACAAGGUGAAGGUCUAUAUUGACCAUUGCAAUGAAUGCCAGAACAAGCGGACCCGAAGACACGCCCCAUACGGGUCCCUACAGCCAGUCAUUGCCCCCAACAUCUCUUUCCAUACGAUAACGAUAGACCUUAUCUUGGGUCUCCCAGACACGGGCGAAUACAACGCCAUCAUGUCAGUGACAUGCAAAUCAACCAAACGCCUGACAGCAAUACCAGGCCGCCUCAACUGGACAAGCGCCCAAUGGGCGGAAGCGUUAUUGGUCCGCUUACAACUGGGAGACUGGGGCAUUCCAGUCCACAUUAUUUGUGACCGAGACCCGAAAUGGUUAGCAGGUAUCUGGGUGGCCAUCUUCAACUUGCUUGCAGUGAUGCAUCUAUACACGACAGCCUGGCAUUCCCAGGGGGGCGGGCAGUUAGAAGUCUCCAACCAGAUAAUCGAAAUCUAUCUCUGA